UUCCAGUGGUGGUUGUAUCUUCGCAGGGGGCAGCUGCUGCUCGUGUCUUCAGCCCGCUGGGAGGCCAUCUGAACCGUCUCGCAUGCUGGACGGCGCAACACUUCUGCAGCUUCUUAACAUAAAGGAAACAACAGCGAUGCUCACUUUUUCUUCUUUAAUACUUUGAGGGAACUUAAACCCUAAAACGGUGGUGUGACUUGUCGUUGGGGAAUGCUUGUCCACCCUGUUGGGAAAGAGCAGAGAGUGACAGUCAAUUCUGUCUGUUCCCAUCUGGAGACAUGCACUGGACGGUGGCUGAUUGCAAAGCUCUGCUGCUGCUGAUUGUUCUACUGUGGGAUGAAACCGGAGCUGUGGGACUGAAAGCCACAGUAUGGCCACUGUACUCCCAGAAGCCCCUGCUGCUGGCGUGGAACGCCCCGACAGAGGACUGCUCUCCACGGCACCGCGUCUCCUUCCAGUUGGACCAGUUCCAGAUCGUGGCCUCUCCCAAUGAAGGUUUUGUGAAGCAGAACCUCACCAUCUUUUACAAUGACCGCCUGGGCCUGUACCCCCACUUUGAGCCGGACGGAACGCCCGUCAAUGGGGGUCUGCCGCAGGUCGCCAGUCUGGUGCAGCACCUGGACAAAAUGCCAGAGGGGGUGAAGAAGUACAUACGGGAGCCCAAUGCCAAAGGCCUGGCGGUUAUUGACUGGGAAGAAUGGCGCCCUCUGUGGAUACGCAACUGGAAGGCUAAGGACAUUUACCGCCGGCAUUCCCGUGAGCUGGUGCGCCAGAAGAACCCCACCUGGCCACCCGAGAAGGUGUCCAAAAUGGCCAUGCAGGAGUUCGAAAUGUCCGCCAAGACGUUUAUGCUUGAGACUCUGAAGCUGGCCAAGCACUUAAGACCCAACCAGCUUUGGGGUUUCUACCUGUUCCCGGACUGCUACAACCACGACUACAGGCUGACCCUGGAGAGCUACACAGGUCGCUGCCCCGAUGUGGAGGUGGCACGCAACGAGCUGCUCAAUUGGCUGUGGACCGAGAGCACGGCACUCUUCCCGUCUGUCUACAUGGGCACGGUGCUGCGCUCCUCUGCUUCCGGGCGCCAAUUUGUGAGGAACCGCGUGAAGGAGGGCAUGCGUUUGGCGUCGGCGGGUGAUGGCCUGGCGCGUCCCGUCUUUGUGUACACACGACCCACAUACAUGAACUCUCUGGAGCAGUUGACAGAGAUGGACUUGGUGUCCACCAUCGGGGAGAGCGUGGCUUUGGGCGCAGCUGGCAUCAUCCUGUGGGGAGACGUAGCCUACGCCAGCAACAAAACAACCUGCUCGGAGCUGGAUGCUUAUCUCCGGGGUCCACUGGGCAAAUACCUCCUCAACGUCUCCACGGCAGCCGAGGUAUGCAGCCAGGCUCUGUGCGCUUCCCACGGCCGCUGCCUACGCCGGGACCCGGACGCCGACGUUUACUUGCACCUAAACCCCGCCACGCACAGUUUGCGGGUCGGACCAGGCGGCAAGCUGGAGGUGGUCGGCCAACCGGUCCAAGGGGACUCGGCGGGCUUUGCCGGCGGGUUCCAGUGCCAGUGUUACAAUGGCUUCGAGGGGGAGCGAUGCGAGAAGAUGGACCCUCUAUACCAGAAAGGGGCAGCGUGUCGAACUUCGGUGUCGGCACUGCAGUGGGUUGUCUUACUGCUCUUCUAUGUUGAGGUCCAACACAUACCGUAGACCAGGGGUUCUCAAACCUUUUGGGUCCAUGGACCGCUUACCUGGGUUGUUAAGGUGGGAAAACAUCUGGAAAUUUUACUGUGAAUUUCCAAGGGAAGAUUGGGAAGUGUACAUAGUGGAAAAAGUCCAAAUAUUUUCAUUUCAAAAUCAGAUCAUUUCAAAAACCGAAAAAAACUUUUAAAGAGGGUAUUUCAAUAUAAACAACAGAUAUAGCGCUUGCAGAAGUGUGCACACCCUCUUAUAAUGGAGGAUGUGCCUGUGCACAGAAUUGAUCACUCACACUUGCCUAAUAAUGCAGGGAUGUCAAAUUUAUUUGAUGAUGCCUUACAAUCAUCAAAGCAUUGAGUGGCCUAAAGAGGAGUCACUUGUAAUAUGCAGUUGUGUACUUUUUAAAUGAUAAGACAUAAUAUAUUGCAAAUUAUUUUGUGGAACCCCAAGCAAUGACUUGUGGACCCCAGUUUGAGAACUACUGCUGUAGACACACACACAUACCUGUCUGGUGCCUUUCAAAUGCUGUAAAACAGAUGACAAAAAGUGUUUUUUUUUUUUUGCAAAACACUGUUGCAUGAAAAAGGGGAAAGAAUGUUAUUUUUGUAACUUUUUCACCUAGCGAGGGCUUUGGUGGAAUGACGGUGUUUACGUUUUGCUCCCAGUUUCCUGGUCCUCGCCAUGUCUCCCAAAGGUGUCAGAUUCCACGUUUCCCACAGUGGAUGAGAUGAGAUGUUUGCUGAGGGAAAGGUGGAGCAGUCAGUGCCUGAGCUGACUUGAGGCUAUAUACUGGAGGCCAUUGCAGUAUUUAUUUGAAUGUACUUUAUCUGUUUUCACAUGACAUUUCUGUGCCUUAAAUGCCACAAAGACUACUAAAUUAAUUUACUACUACAGUGUGAAAUAACAUUUACUGUAAAAAAAAGAAUCAAUUCAAAUACAUUAUGUAAAGAGCAAAUGCUUUUCUGAACAAUAAAUACAAUCACUUACAGAAAUGU